GUCUAACACGAGAGCGGGCUAUUUGCAAAAUAAAGGCAGCCAACUGACUUGGUUGUAGUGGCUAUGUAGGGCUGAUACGUUCAGGCUGAACAGGGUGAUAUUCUAAAUGAAAAAUGAGCAGGUAAUAUCAGCGCGGGCUCUGUCUGUUUCCCCCCGGACAGCUGCAGCUUGUCGGCGGGCAGAUGCUGGAAGUCCUCGCCGAUAAGACAGCACGUAAAGCGCGCAGAGAAGAAGAGAAAGGACGCGAAAGGAGGGAAGGAUUGAGGAGCAUUUUUAUACCAAAUCGGGACACAUGUUGAGCUAAGGGUCCGCUCCACCCCACCCCCUUCUUCUUCUUCUUCUUUUUCUUCCACUUCUUCUCCUCCCAAAUGCGUUUGUUGCCUCAAACGCCUUCCCGUUACUAAUUACUCCGCGUUAGGAUAAAGCCAGCGGACGUCCUCUCCGGCUCCGAGGAUCCUUACGCACCGUUCCCUGGGAUCAACAUGGAUCUCAGUAAAAUUGCUGUCAGCAUCAAUAAGGCCAUCAACACACAGGAGGUCGCUGUCAAAGAGAAGCAUGCCAGGACCUGCAUCUUGGGGACCCAUCAUGAGAAAGGCGCCCACACCUUCUGGGCAGCGGUCAACCGGCUUCCUCUCUCCAGCAACGCAGUGCUCUGCUGGAAGUUCUGCCACGUCUUCCACAAGCUGCUGCGAGACGGACAUCCAAACGUGAUAAAAGACUCCAUGAGGAACAAGGCUGAUUUAACUGAUAUGAGCAGGAUGUGGGGUCACCUGAGCGAAGGCUAUGGGAAGCUGUGCAGCAUCUACCUCAAACUGCUCAUCACCAAAAUGGAGUUUCACAUCAAAAAUCCUCGUUUCCCUGGCAACCUGCAGAUGUCGAACAGACAGCUUGACGAGGCAGGAGAGAACGACGUGAACAACUUCUUCCAGUUGACGGUGGAGAUGUUUGACUACCUGGAAUUAGAGCUCAACCUCUUCCUGGGUGUUUUCAGCUCUCUCGACAUGUCUCGGUCGGUAUCUGUGACGGCAGCAGGUCAGUGUCGUCUGGCACCCCUCAUACAGGUCAUCCUGGACAGCAGCCACCUGUAUGACUACACCGUCAAGCUGCUCUUUAAGCUGCACUCCUGCCUUCCAGCCGACACUCUCCAGGGCCACAGAGAUCGCUUCCAGGAACAGUUCAAGAAGUUAAAGAGUCUCUUCUAUCGCUCCAGUAACCUCCAGUAUUUCAAGAGGCUGAUUCAGAUUCCCCAGCUGCCAGAGAACCCUCCCAACUUCCUGCGUGCGUCAGCUCUGUCGGAGCACAUCAGCCCUGUGGUCGUGAUCCCCGCAGAGUCGUCAUCCCCGGAGUCAGAGCACGUGGUGGAGACGGACGACCUAGUGGACACAGACGUCCCUACUCUGCCGGCUGCCGUGGAAACCAAGUUUGAUGACCUGUUUGGCACCACUGCUGCUGUAGACCCCUUCAACUUCAACAGUCAAAAUGGCAUGCGAAAGGACGACAAAGACCGUCUGAUUGAACAGCUAACGCGGGAGAUCCAGGCCCUUAAAGAGGAGCUAGAGUCCUUUAGACUGGAGAGUGGCCGCCUGUGUCAGGCGCUGCGGGGGCGCGUCAAUGAACUGGAGGCCGAGCUUGCAGAGCAGAGUCACCUAAGGCUGCAGGCUGUGGGGGAGAGUGAGUUCCUGAAGGUGGAGCUGGAUGAUCUGCGGAGGGUCAGAGAGGACACGGAGAAGGAACAGAGGAGCCUGACGGAAAUAGAGAAAAAGGCUCAGGCCAAUGAGCAGCGCUACACCAAACUGAAGGAGAAGUACACAGAGCUGGUUCGGAGUCAUGCAGACCUGCUGAGGAAGAACGCAGAGGUGACCCGACAGAUGACGGUGGCACGGGCAGCUCAGGAUGAGGUGGAUGACGUGAGGAGGGAGAUGCAGGAGAAGGUGAAAGCUGCUCAGGAAACUGCAGACAGACAGGAGAGGGAGCAGCUCGAUCAGCUUCAGGAGCUCCAGAGGGAGCUGGUGUCCAGCAGGGUGGAGCUGGACUCCUUGAAGACCACCAUGGUGUCAUCACAGGAGUCCAGUGAGGUGCUUGGCACCCAGCUGGCCACCCUGGAGACAGAGAAGGCAGAUCUUGUGCAGUCACUAUCAAAAGUGGAGGCAGAGCUUGCUGUCAGGGGGGAGGAGCUAGAGAAAGUCCAAAGCUCUCUGGCAACUGAGAGGGAGAGCGGAGUGAAGACAGCAGAAGCUCUGCAGAAUCAGCUCAAUGAGAAGGAGAGCAGGGAGCAGGAGCUGGAGAGCCAGCUGGUUGCAGCUCGCUGGUCCAGUCUGCAGGGAGCCGUGGAGGAGGCGGAGAAGAUCAUCCAGCAGUCUCUGGCUCAGAUAGAUGACCCGACACACAUCAGCUGCACCAGCUCCGCAGACUACCUAGCAUCCAGAUGUCAGGCCUCCAUAGCCUGCAUGGACCGGCUGCACUCUGCCAGAGAGGCCUUUAUAGCGGACAAUACAGGUGUUUCUGAGCUGGUGCGAGUGGUGACCCAGUGUGGCCACCUGGUGGGCGACACCAUCGUUCAGGGUAGUGCCACCUCCCACAUGGUGCCUGUGGAGCAAGCUGAUGCCCUGUCGGAGAGCGUGAAGUCGUGUGGAGCCGAAGCUCUGGCUCUGCUCAGCAACAUGAAGCUGCAGGACAGCAUAGCGGCCGCUGAUAACAGCAAGCUGAAGGCAGCGCUUGAGGCUAUCCUGGCCACUGCAGAGAAACUGCGUCCCCGGGGUCUGGAGCUACAGCAGGGGGAGCUGGGAGAUCUCGUGGAGCAGGAAAUGGCUGCCACAUCCGCUGCUGUGGAAUCAGCAGCUGCCAGGAUAGAGGAAAUGCUCAACAAGUCUCGAGCAGUUGAUACAGGAAUCAAGAUGGAGGUCAAUGAGAGGAUUCUGGCCUCCUGCACAGAGCUGAUGCAGGCGAUCAAGGAGCUUGUUCUGUCUUCCAAAAAUCUGCAAAGGGACAUUGUGGAGGGCGGCAGGGGGGCAGCCUCCAUGAAGGAAUUCUACGCCAAGAACUCCCGCUGGACUGAGGGCCUGAUCUCUGCCUCCAAAGCAGUAGGAUGGGGCGCCACGGUCAUGGUGGAUGCCGCUGAUCUGGUGGUGCAGGGCAAAGGGAAGUUUGAGGAGUUGAUGGUGUGUUCACAUGAAAUAGCUGCCAGCACAGCACAGCUGGUGGCUGCCUCAAAGGUAAAAGCAGACAAAGACAACGUCAACCUGCAGCGCCUGCAGCACGCAUCCCGUGGCGUCACUCAGGCCACAGCAGCUGUCGUGGCCUCCACCAAGUCUGGCAAGUCUCAGAUUGAGGAGACAGAAACAAUGGACUUUUCCAGCAUGACCCUCACCCAGAUCAAACGACAGGAGAUGGAUGCACAGGUCCUGGUGCUGGAGCUGGAAACUCGUUUGCAGAAAGAACGAGAGCGUCUUGGCGAGCUGAGGAAGAAACAUUACGAGCUGGCUGGGGUGGCAGAGGGCUGGGGAGAGGAACAAGAGGGCACAGGCUGAGUCCUGAGCAUCUGUCUCCCCACCUCCUCCUCUUCCUCUCUGCCUCUUUCUAUUUAUACACAAUUUGUCAGUCUUUUUCUUCCUUUUUUUCUUCUCUCUGUUUUCUGUUUGUUGUCCAAGCCAAAUUCAAAGGUGCUUCUUUUCUAAAAACCUGCUUCUCCACCCGUGUCCGAAUGCUUCCACAGAGGACGGCACUAAGGGCUCAGCGACAGGGGAGGGGCAUGAAAAGGGAGGAUAAAAAUGGAUGUAAGAGGUACAAAACCAUCCAGACUUCACAGCCUCACACCCCCUCCUGCCUCCCUGUCAGGACUGUGUUGGUGUAAAGAGCAGUCAAAGUAAAGCGGAUCCAUUCUACAGAGUAUUUAUUGCAAUUUCCUUCCCUGUUUUUUGGAUAACUGCCCUCCAUCAAGGAGUCACAGCAGAGAUGCCACGAGCACAAGUUCUACUCAAGACAUCCCAGGAUGCACUGCACAAAGGCCAAGCUCUCAGCAGGAUUGUUUUGUAUGGGAGGGAAUCACUGACUGUUGCUGGCCUACCCCAGCCUCAAAAAUCAUGUCUCUGUGUUCCAUAGAUGGCAUGCAUGCAGUGUUUUGUUCCACGACGUGAGCUUACAGAGCUGCUCUUUAAGUGUCUGUGCAGUUAAUAGUUUCUUCCUCUUCUUUCUUCACUGUGAGUUAUCACCAUAUUAAGUCCAUACUCGCUUCACCGGCUGAUUCACUGGACUUUCUGCCUUCCACCUCCACCAUUGUACCGACUGUGACUGUUAACUCAAGCUGAACCCCUUGUUUUGUAUUUUUAUCGUGCUAAUUUUAACAGACGCUCUCAUGGAAAACUCUUCAAAGGGCGGUUUCAGAAAAAGGAAAGUGGCACCGUGUUUUUUAUUCUUCUCCUUGUGAGCUUUCAGACGAGCAACUACCUCAUGCUACAUCGACAGAGGUAGCGGUGCAUCAUGGGAAGAUCUGAUGAGAGGGAACCAUUGCCCAAACACUAAUGACAUGGAGUCACUUUUGCCAUUUGUUUUUAUUAGUUAAGGGUGUUUUUAUAUUGAAAAAAAAGCAACAACACUUUGAUGUUUGCUUUUCCAUUCUCUUAGCAACAACAGCUCAAGUCUGGUAGAGCAAGUAAAAGUUAUAAAAACAACUUUUACACCCUCAUAUUUUUAUAAAUGUCAUAGGUCAAGCAGCGCUACAGAAAUUUGUCACAUAAGCAGCUGCAGCAGUUUAAGAUUCAGAUCCAGGAUCCUGGAAAAGACAAAAAGGAAGUCCUUAAAAGUUAUUGAGUCUAAUCCGAAUGUCACUUUUGGGAAGUUUGAGGCUGCACAAACCUUUAAUCUGUGAAAUGUGUAAGAUUUAUCUGGAGUUUCACAUGAUCCUGCCUCUUCAAAUAACCCUUCAGGACUCAUGUUUGUUUUAUAAAUCCCUCAUUGGACCACAGUGGACUCUGAAGUAUGCAGUACACAGACUGCAGUGUUCUCAAAAGCUUCCUCAAGACCAAGUAGCUGUGUACAUAAACUACAAGCUUUUUAUUGUUGGAAAUAAUCGUUUCAUCUAAAAGCAUCAGUUUUGCAUCUCACUGAGUAAAAAUUCAGUUAAAUUGAAUUAAGGAUGCAAAAUGGUGCAAAUGAAAGCUACAUGUAACUAAUAUAAGUCAUUAUUAUUUCCAUAAGAGGUUGGUAUUUAACCAGAUUUCCUACUGAGACUGAUGAGAUGACUCAGCCUGCAGUUGGCGGACUCUAUGAGAAGACUGAUCAUGCCUUGAGAUGAGUUGGCCUCCUUGUUCAACCCUGUCACCUUAUUUCUUCUUUUCUUCUUCUUCAACCUGGGUAAUGAUGACUCUUUGGUCUUUCUCUGUGGCUUAACACACUUAGUUUUGACGCUUCGCCUCAGCUUUGUGUAUCGUAAAAGUAGUGACACUGGUUUAUUUAACAAACGCUGGUCUUAUAGUGUUUGUGUAUAAUUCUUUAAGACUAUCUGAGCAGCAGAUUGGUGAAACAAAAAGGCAAAGAAGAGUGUUUUAGUAGUCUGACCUUUUUAAGAGAUUCACCCAUUUGCUGCUCCGACCAUGCUUAAACAAACAGCAAGUAUUAUUUGCAGAAGUGUUUUGUGCAGGUCUUUGUAUUUAAUAAUGAUUUUAGACUUUUCUGUCACCUCUUCAGCCUGGGCAAAACAGAAGCUUGUUGUGAAAAAAUCUGGAGAAAAACAUAAAAGAAUUAAAGAAGGAUAGAUCUGCUUUUUACAGUAUUUUAAGUGUCUUGACAGAUGGACUGAAAGCACCUUGAGUGAUGUCUGGUUGUAUUUUUGGCCCAAAUAUUAUUAACCUCUCUCUUUUUGUGUCUUCUCUCUCUCUCUCUCUCUGGGGUCUGUGUCUGUAGUCGUACCAGCUCAGCCAGCCUUCAAACUGCCUCACACUGUAGUCAAAGAGAAACAAAUACUCACAUAGCAACAUUGAAAUAUGUCUUUGUAUGAUAUACUAAAACUAUGUUGGUGGGUUUGUUUUUAUUUUUUCAGUUUUUGAAAUAAAUAUUUCAACUCGUUAAUACAGA